AUGGCUUCCGUGGGAGGUCCUCUAUCUUGCUCUUCCGCCGCAACCCAUCUCCACUCCCGCCAGCUGCUCUCGAAUUCCCUCCCCCUCAGAAGGACGAGAUGCCGGAGGAAUUCAGCCCCUUCGGCGGCAAUGUCGACAGAUUCUCCAGGGGAAUCCACCAAGCUGGUGACCUUCCUCGGCAAGGGAGGCUCCGGGAAGACCACUGCUGCCGUUCUCGCUGCACAGGUGGGGGCUUGCAUUCCUCUUGCUCUAGAAUUUGGUGGCCCUUUGAAUUCGAUUCACAUAGAGAAAAGAAAAUCUAUCUCCCUUCUUCUAGCUCGUCUGCCGUUUCCUUCUCCUCUCCAUGCUCUUCGACUGAAGGGGAACUGAAUAUAGCGAAUGUUUUGGCUGAAUUUUCCGUGCACCCAUUCGCAGAAGGUAGGUUGCUCUCGACUAUGCCACAUUAAGCCACAACGGCAGCAAGGAAGAUAAAUGAUCUGUUUUAAGAAGUGGCAAAUGGCAUUUUGUAAUUUUUUUUAUGUCGGCGUACUUUGAUCCUAUUACUUAAUAACAGUUCAGCUGGUUUGGAGGAUAGAAGAGACGAAUCAGAAUUCGUAUUUCAGGAAGGAACAUCGAGUAUUUUUUAAAGAAUUUGGGCAUAAUGAACUAGAUAAUGAAGCAUAAGUAUUACUAAUUUGUAUUUUUAUUCCAGAAAUAUCAUUACAUUCCAGGUUUUGAAGCUCUAGGAGACAUCUGCUAGGAAAAAAAUGUGAAAAUUGCUGAUUUUUUCUUACUAAAAUUGAUUAAAAAUGUAUCAUCUUGCUGAGAAUCUCUAGCCGUUCUUAAAGCUAUGAUUUAAUUUUUAAAAGCUUCCACACCAGAAAAUUGAAACUAAACCAUGUUUUCUUUCUUUCUGAAAAUCGUACAUCUUCUUCUGCAAUUUCCUGUCAACAAGAUUUCCUCUUCCUAUGGUCAUAAUAACUUUAUGUAGGCUAAGUGACUGAGUGAUACCGACCACCAGGUCUAAUGUUCUUGCUGUUAUUGGACCUUAAGGCAAAGACAAAUUGACACCACUUUGGGAGGCACGGGUUUUAGACCCUUUCAUUGUAUACGUUCUAAAUGUGCAGUAACAUUUCCUGUUUUGGGGCCCCUUUUGUUCACUGUAAUUGUUCUUUAUUCUGCCUCAAUUGGAAGACCUUCUCAGGGUAAAAAACAAAUUGAUAAAAAAUGUAUUCAGAGAUCGAAUGGCAGUUGCUUGACCCCUUUGGUGUCCAUUUUUCAUAGUAAAAAUCUAAUGAUUCACUCUCUGUUGCCAUUUGAUUGAUACUAUGAGAUGUGUUGCCAGUGUUAAAGGCGGUAGCUUCUUAUGUCUUCUCAUUGGCUGACAGUACUAUGCAAAGGAAGGGCUGCGCACAUGCCUGGUCAUACAUUCUCAGGACCCAACUGCCAAUCACUUGAUGGGUUGUAAAAUCGGUGCAUCACCUGUUCUAUGCAGUGAAAAUCUGUUCGCCGUCAGGUUGGAAACAACCAAGGUAACCAUUUCUCCAACCCACUUGAUUCUCUCGAACAUGACGUGAACAUAUCAGCCAUUGAAUGUAUUUUGAUCCUUGAUGAUUUUAUAGAUGCUUCUUGAACCCUUGGAUCAAAUGAAGAAAGCCGAUACACGGGUCAAUCUGUCUCAAGGGAUUCUUGAAGGGGUGGGUAUGUGAGAGCCAUUCAAUUUCGAAGAUCAGCCAGUUCGCUUCAUAGGAGCUGAUUUUGUUUCUUUUAAAGGAAAGAGAUGCUGAGAGGAGAUUUUCCUCCUGAAUCAUGUGGAACAGGUUGUAGGGGAAGAACUUGGGGUUCUACCUGGCAUGGACUCCAUUUUCUCUGCCCUUGAGAUCGAAAAGUUGGUCAAUUUGCUCGGCAGGAAAAGAAAACACCCAGAUCAAGAUUACAAUGUCGUCGUUUAUGAUGGCAUCAGCACUGAGGAAACGCUUCGAAUGAUCGGUGCAGCUGAAAGAGCGAGGUAGAUCUCAUGUUUUCCUCGAAAACUGUACCGUUCAUUGGAAGUUCUAUAAAAAGGCCUAUGCUAAAAACAGGUGGUAUCUGAAACAUCUUCGGAGCAUGGCAGAGAAGACAGACAUUGGCAGAUUAACUGCCCCAUCAGUUUUGAAGUUAAUGCAAGAAUCAAUGGGUUCAAGUAGAAUAUCUGGUGAUGGGAAAAUAAGCUCAGAAAUAUGGGAUGACAUUGAGCUGAAUCUACAGGUAGCUUUAUGUCCACUUGCAACAAAUGUUGAUCUUGCCGCUUGCAGAUGCUGACAAUUUCUCUCUUUUUCUUGUCUUCUUUCUUCACAGAAAGCAUCAGCCUCUUUCGCAGACCCUUCAAGGUUUAGAUCCUUUCUUGUGCUUGAUCCAAGCCGACCGAUAUCGAUCAGCUCGGCAUUACGGUAUUGGGGUUGUGCGAUCCAAGCUGGAACCCAGAUAUCUGGUGCUUUUGGGUUUGCUCCCCCGCUGUCUCCCAUGUCAUUGACAGAGGUUUCUGAGAAGAUCUCUCCAUUGUCAUUUGCACUCGUGCCAUAUCUUUCCACAGAGUCGCCAGUGGACUGGGACUCAGUGCUCAAUACUCUCAGUGACGAGGUGAAGGGCAUUCUUGAUUCAUCACAGAGUGGUACCCAACCUUUGGUGAGAUUUGACAGUGCUAAAAGAACAGUGACCCUCUUCAUGCCAGGCUUCGACAAGUCUGAAAUCAAGCUCUAUCAAGUAAGUCAUUGUCUCAUCACUCUGGAAAAAAAGAAAAAUUGAAAAUAACACUGUGGCACGCACUUUACCAACUCUAAUGCAACCGGGUCUGCCUUAGGUUAUUUGAAAAGCUUUACAAGAGAAUGAAGCUAUGGAUUUUGGAUAGUUUCAGUGUUCAAAGUCCCAGUCUAUUUUAAUGUUUCUAAAAUUUGCCUCUACUUAUUUACCUCCUGGUGGUAUAUAUUUCUUUGCUUUUAGCGUUGGCCUUCAAUUUUUCCGGCAAUAGCGGUGAUCUGCAGUGCCUGGGACAUACGAUCUGGCUCUCUAGAUCUCGAUCGGUAUACCUUGUUCUUCCCCAAUUUGGGUGGGUUCCUGAAAGAGAAAGGCUCUGGGCUGGGUGUUGGAUGUUCUCCAAGAGGGGGCCGAAUUAUCUUGAUAUAAAUUAUUGGCAUCUGACUCGGAUUGGCAUUGCCCAACCUGGGCCGAUGAUCUGGCUCUCUCUGCUGUGGUUAAGGUGAAGAUCUUAAGACGUAUUUCUCACUUCCUUUGAUUUGCAGUAUAGAGGGGGAACGGAAUUGCUUGUGGAGGCAGGUGACCAGAGGCGCGUCAUAAACUUACCUUCUGGGCUCCAAGGUAAAGUCGGCGGCGCCAAGUUCGUCGAUGGCAGCCUUCUAGUUACUCUAAGGUAA